CCGCCCGGCCUGCCCUGCUCCCGCCGACCAGCUCAGCUCCCAAACCACAGUCGUUGAAUGUGUUGCCGGUUCUGAUGAAGAGCGUUUCCGAUGAUCACAUCACUCCGGCCCACCAGGGUGAGUUCCUGGCGGCCAUCACCACAGCGGGAUCUGGCGAUUUUUAUGAUAUGGAGCGAGCGGAGCUGUUGGGUGACUCGUUUCUCAAGAUGAGUGCCAGUCUUUACCUGGCCAGCAGGUAUCCGACUGGAACGAAGGCACGCUCACGCAGGUCAAGUCGAGGCUGGUGUCCAACAAGAACCUGAUGUAUUGCCUCAGGGAGACGGAUAUUCCCAGUCGUAUUAGCUGCAGUCUGUUCGACCCCAGAGUAACGUGGCUUCCGCCCAGCAUUAAUCUGCCCGAAGAUGUCUUGGAUGUGUGGACGGAGCAGCCGAGCUUUGCCAAACUGAUUGGUCCCCAUAAUCUCUUCAAUCUGGCCCUUAGUGACGAGGAGAUUCUGGCAGGUCGUUGCAACGAGGAUACCUAUCGUCGCUUUGUGCAAGGUUGCAAGAGCAAUCAGCAAGGCUAUUAUGCCGGCCGAGACUUCUCCUCCGGCGUGAACUACUUCUUUGGUGAGGUCGCUGUUCAGAACAAGGUGGUGGCUGACACUCUGGAGGCCCUUCUGGGAGUCGUUGUGAGAAACUAUGGAUUGCAACAUGGCUUCCGCAUGCUGGAAUACUUCGGCAUUUGCAAGCCGGACGUUGAUAAGCCAUUGUCGCAGCUGCUCGAUCUUCAGUUGAAGAGCACCAAGAUGCGAGCCAACGCGAGCCCUGACGAUAUUGAUGGCUUCCUGAUCAACCACUCCUAUUUAGAGCAGAAUCUGGGCUACGAAUUCCGGGAUCGGGGCUACCUCUUGCAGGCCCUGACGCAUCCGUCGUUUUCCACCAAUCGCUUGACCGGCUGCUACCAGGAGCUGGAGUUCAUUGGCGAUGCCAUACUCGAUUUUCUCAUCUCUGCAUACAUUUUCGAAAACAAUACCAAGCUGCGUCCGGGCGAGCUCACGGAUCUGCGCUCGGCAUUGGUCAAUAACACGACAUGGGAUGCAUCUGCGUGCGCCACAAGCUGCACCUCUUCAUUCUGGCAGAGAACGCGUUGCUAUCUGAGACCAUCAGCAAGUUUGUGAAAUUCCAAGAGAGCCAGGGACACAGAGUCACGAAUCAUGUACGUUUUCUGCUCGAGGAGAGAGAUGUGCAGCCCGUUAUUCUGGACUUGGACGAUGAAGUGGAGAUGGCCAUGGAAAGAUGAGUCGGAAGACGGUCCACGCAUCGGUGCUUUCAACUUGGCGCAAAACGUAGAUGUCCCCUAGGCUUUAGGCGAUGUCCUGGAGGCCCUUAUCGCGGCCGUCUACCUGGAUUGCCGGGAUCUGCAGACAACCUGGCAGAUGAUCUACCAUUUUUUU